AUGAGCUGUGCCUACAACCACUACACAUUAGGAGACGAUAUCUUGCUGAAUGGUGAAGCGUAUGAAGUGAUUCUCCUCGACUACCAGCACGCGUUCUACGGCUGCUCGAUAAUCGACUUUAUCUACUUCAUAAUAGCUGGCACCGACCAGGACUUCCGAAGGAACCACUUGGAGCACCUCAAAGACGUGUACCACAACACCAUGGCGAAGUUCUUGAGUUAUUUUGGGAUUGAUAUUGAAAAACACUAUCCUAGAAAAGAAUUCGAGAGGCUUUUCAAGGAGAGGCUCGACUAUGGCUUAAUGCUGAGUGACCUGAUCAAGAAGAGGGUCAGAGGUAUUGUGGACGACUACGUGGAGUGGGGCUACAUCAAAUAA